UUGAAUCCCAUGCACGCGGGAUGUAACAUCGAACUGCCGCGAGAAAUUGUACUCAAGAAAGCGGUGAUCAAUGUGCAUUCGACAGACAAUGCGUGCUUCGCGUGGUCGGUAGUUGCAGCUCUGUACCCCGCAGAAAGAAAUGCAGAACGGGUGUCAUCGUAUCCGCAUUAUUUAUCAGUGUUAAACCUCACAGGCAUCGAGUUUCCGAUGAAAUUAAAAAACAUUCCGAAAUUCGAGCGUUUAAACGACGUGUCAAUAAAUGUGUACGGCAUUGAGAACAAAGAGAUACUUCCUCUUCGGCUCACCGAUGACAAGAAGGAGAAGCAUGUCAAUCUCCUGUACCUACAAAAUCCACACAACGACAGCCUAGGCCACUUUAUGUGGAUCAAGAACCUGUCGCGCCUCGUGAGAUCGCAAGUCACAGGAAAAAAGAAUAGGAUAUAUUUCUGCGAUCGAUGUCUACAUUACUUCAGCUCAUGUGAAAAAUUACAAUCACACGAAGUGGACUGCGAGAAAAUGAACGACUGCGCCAUCCGACUACCUAGUGACGAGAACAAAUGGCUCGAAUUUGGAAACCAUCGCAAUCAGGAACGUGUGACGUUCGUCGUCUACGCCGACCUGGAAUGCGUCCUGCGGAAGACGGAGCUCAACAAAGAAGAUGCGUCGUCGUACGAGUAUCAGCGGCAUGAA